AUGCAGCUGAACUUCAGUGGCCUGCGCGUCCUGGUAACAGGGGCAGGAAAAGGGGUCGGGAGGGACACUGCAAAGGCCCUACAUGCCUCCAGAGCCAGAGUCGUGGCUGUGAGCUGCACCCAUGCCGACCUGGUCAGCCUCUCCAAGGAGUGCCCCGGAGUAGAGCCCAUGUGCGUGGACCUGGGUGACUGGGAGGCCACGGAGCAGGCGUUAGGCAAUGUUGGCCCUGUGGACCUGCUGGUGAACAACGCUGCUGUGGUGCUGGUGCGGCCCUUCCUGGAGAUCACCAAGGAGGCCUUCGACAGGUCCUUCAAUGUGAAUCUGCGUUCUGUGAUACAGUGGUCAGCUGCUCCUCACUAUGGCUUCCAGAUCGUAGUCCGGGGCAUGAUCGACCGUGGAGUGCCCGGUUCCAUUGUCAACGUCUCCAGCAUAGCGGCCCAUGUCACCUUUCCCAACCUGGUCACCUACAUCUCCACCAAGAGUGCAAUGACCAUGCUGACCAAAGCCAUGGCCAUGGAGCUGGGGCCACACAAGAUCCGGGUGAACUCCGUGAUCCCCUCAAUGGUGCAGACGGCCAUGACCCGCAAAAUCUUCUCCGACCCCGAGUUAUACCGGAAGCUGAAGGAGCGCCACUCGCUGAGGAAGCUCGCAGAGGUGAAGGACGUGGUCAACAGCAUCCUCUUCCUGCUCAGCGACCGUAGCGCCUCCACCAGCGGCUCGGGCAUCUUCGUGGACGCCGGAUACCUGGCCUCCUAG